UUAGCUUCUUCAAAAUGCAAGUGACACUUAAAACAAGAAGUCUUUUCAACACGCACAGACCAAGAUCAGAUGUCUUCCGUGGCUGGGCUUGCUGGUCUCUACAUCAUGAAAAACGGCUAUCUAAGGUUGCUUCCAGUUUUCUUGAUUCUGCUGAUUUUGCCAUCGGAAUCCACAUCCUUGAACAAGAAACCCUGUGCUUGGUGGUGUGAUCCAAACCCUCCAUGUGUCAACACCGAUGCCUGCCGCUGCAUUCCAGGAUUCAGUUCUGCAUCUGAGGACAGCUCCACCAGCCCCUUGAAGAGUUGCCAUGACAUCAACAAGUGUGGACCAUCAUGGAAAGUGUCCUGUGGAAUAUAUGUAGACUGCCAGAACUUUAACAACACAUGGCGUCAAUGCAGAAGAAACAGAACUCUUUCUCAAAAAGAGUUUGAGAAUGAGUGUACUAACAAAACACUUGAACUCAAUCUACUACUGCUGAAGACAAUGAAGAAUGCAGUCCAGAAACUUAAAAACUCUAUCAAAACACGUUGUGCUCAGUGGUGCCCUCCAAACUCCAAAUGUAUUGAUGCCAACACCUGUCACUGCAUUCCAGGAUUCACGUCUUCAACUGGGGAAGUCAUCACCAGCCACUCAGAGACUUGUGAUGAGAUCUCCAUCCAUACCUGGACCGCACCCUCAAGUAUCAACAGCUCGACGCUCUCCUGCUUCUUCAACAGAGUCCAGAAUCUUAGUGAAAACUUGGAGUCAGUCCCUGUCCAGGACACUAUUCAGAACCUCAUACAGGGGGUGGAUGAAAUGCUGGAGGCCCCCCGGGACCUGGAAACCCUGCCCAGCUCAGAGCAGCACCUUGUGGCCUCUAACCUGCUCAUUGGCCUGGAAACUGUCUUGAGAGGACUGAGCAGGUCCCUGGACAAUGAGUCACUGCACUUCAGUUCACCUUCAGGCACAGAAAUGUCACUGAAGGCACUGGAUAAAGAAGAUAAGAAUGUCACCUUGAUUCAGAAUAACAUAAAGAUGAUACUGAUCUGGGAUACAGUGCAUGAAUCUAAUGACUCAGGUCCCAUGGUGGUGGGCCUUGUCUCCAUGCCUGGGAUUGAAAAGUUGCUGGAUAAAGUCCCCCUGAUAGUGGAUGCUGAGGAACAGGAAGUUCCACAUGAGACACACAAGGAAUUGCUGCAGGAAACGCCCCCUAUCCUGCUGUCAGAUGUCAUAUCCGUUUUUAUCAGCAACAGUAACACACAAAACCUCAGUUCUCCAGUCAAAUUUGUCUUCAAACAUUCAAGGACACCUGAAACAAAGGGGAAGGUGCACUGUGUCUUCUGGGAGCAGGGCCAGAAUGGAAGUGGCCACUGGGCAACCAGAGGCUGCAGGACAUUGGACAGCGGAGACGACAGCACCACCUGCCAAUGCACCCACUUCAGCAGCUUUGCCGUCCUCAUGGCCUACUACAAUGUGCAGGAGGAGGAUCCCACACUGACUGUGAUCACCUACGUGGGACUGAGCCUUUCUCUGCUGUGCCUCCUCCUGGCGGCCCUCACCUUCCUGCUGUGCAAAGCCAUCCAGAACACCAGCACCUCGCUCCACUUGCAGCUCUCACUCUGCCUCUUCCUGGCCCACCUGCUCUUCCUGACAGCCAUCGACAGAACUGAGAGCAAGGUGCUGUGUACCAUCAUCGCGGGUGCCUUACACUAUCUCUACCUGGCCUCCUUCACCUGGAUGCUGCUGGAGGGUCUGCAGCUCUUCCUCACUGUCCGCAACCUGACGGUGGUCAACUACUCCAGUGUCAACAGGUUCAUGAAGAAGUUCACGUUCCCAGUGGGCUACGGAGUCCCGGCUGUGAUUGUGGCCAUUUCUUCUGCAUCCAGGCCUCAUCUUUAUGGAACACCCAAACGAUGCUGGCUCAGCACAGAAAAAGGAUUUGUAUGGACAUUUCUUGGCCCUGUCUGCACCAUCUUCUCUAUUAAUUUAGUUUUCUUCCUGAUAACAUUCUGGAUUGUGAAAAAGAAGCUCUCCUCACUCAACAGUGAUGUGUCUACUCUCCGGAAGACUAGGAUGCUAACAUUCAAAGCCACAGCUCAGCUCUUUAUCUUGGGAUGUACAUGGUGUCUGGGAAUCCUGCAGGUGGGACCAGCUCCACAAGUCAUGGCCUACCUCUUCACCAUCAUCAACAGCCUGCAGGGUUUCUUCAUCUUUCUGGUGUACUGCCUCCUCAGCCAGCAGGUGCAAGAGCAAUACAAGAUAUGGUUCAAAGGGAUCAAGAAAAAGAAAACUGAGUCUGAGGAGUACACAUUCUCCAGCAGGGCCAUGUCGGAACCCUCUAAACACAGUGAGGUGGCGCUAGUGGUAAACAAUCUACCUGCAAUGCAGGAGACCCAGGUUCAAUCCCUGGGUCAAGAAGAUCCCCCAGAGGAGGAAAUGGCAACCAACUCCAGAAUUCUUGCCUGUGGAAUACCAUGGACAGUGGAGCCUGACGACCUACAGACGAUGGAAUCACAAAGAAUUGGACAUGAUUGAGCAACUAACACUUUCACUUUCAUAGGACAAUUGAAUCAGUCAGUAAACCAGAUGAUCUGGUAUCCUGGACAAUGAGGAAAAUUCUGAACUGUCAUCUCUGUGAGGGGAAAAGAGAAAAACACACUUUUUCGUGUUUGUUACCAGUAACUCUUCAUGGAACCAUUGUGAAAGAAAGCAUAGAGGGAACGUCUUAUAUUCAGAUUGCUGGAGAAUUUGGGUUUUCUGUUCCAUAUGGGAUGCUUACUUCACUCACAGCAUAAUCAAGUAGCUAUGACCCAAUUCCCCAGUUGCCUUGGAUUAAAUCACCUGCUUCAACCUUUUUUCCUACAAAGUUCCUCUAAUUGAAGAUAUAUGGCAAGGGAAAUGAGCUUCAGAAGUCAAACUUAAAAUACAGUAAGAGAGGGAAUAAGGUCAAACCCUACAUAGAGGGUAAACAACUAAUAUGGUUUCCCAAGAUUUUUCUGGAUUAUGUCCUAAAAAAGCAUUUGAGUUACAGGCAACCUAGGACAGAUGGUCUCCAUACAUACAUGCUUCAACUUCUUCACUCUCCAUUUCUAAAGAUUGCUAACUUGUUCAUUAGAAAAAUAUAUAUCUGUACUCACCAUAUGCUCCACUAAAUUAAGAGAUUUUCAGUUUCUAAUUUCACUUACAUGAUAAAUAAAGUGCUUGAUCAGAGUAAAAUCAGAACCCUGUGAAUAAAAUCUCUUAAUUUGUGUAUCUUGUAAACUGAGUUGGGCAAAAAAAAGGUGUAUAUUGUUACUGCACAGUUUUGUUUUGUUUACAUAUAUAACAAAUUAUUUCUUUCUCAGAAUGUGACCUAUGCAAAAGCUAAACCAGAGGAUUACAUCUACAAUAAAUGUCCUGCAAAACCCAAUAAUCUCUUUGUAUCACUUUAAACAAAAUGGAAAAUGAC